UUAGGAUAACUAAAGAUAUUACGUUUUAUAUUUAUUUGCUUCUUUUCAAUGGAAACAUACCAUUACGAGGAGGUUUUACUCUCCGAUAUGCUUGUGGAGGAUGGUAAACUUGUAUACCCGUGCCCAUGUGGUGAUUUGUUCGAGCUCUCAUUCCAAGAUCUUUCAGAUGGGGCUGAUGUCGCACAGUGCCCAACGUGUUCUUUAACAAUCAAGGUGAAGUAUACCCAAGAAGAAAGGGCACAUUUUCUGAAUUCAGAGGGGUUAUCCAUUCUCAUUGCUUCAAGUGCAUAAAUAAAAGAUCACUAUAACCAUCUUUUUCGAUAUUUUAGGACCUAUAUCAUUUUAUUUUCCAUAUUAUGUUUCACCCUGAUCCAUGUUAGGACUUCACACUGAAGGGAUUUACUAUUAUAAUUAAGUCAAUAUCUUCUAAGGAUAGCAACUAAAAAGUAAGCAACUGAAAUCUAAUUUGUAUGAUGCAAUACGUGAAUUUAAGUAAGUGUAA